AUGGCGACACCAGGAGAUUCUCAGGACGCGAGUGCGUCUUGGGGGACAGGUCAAAGUCAAGCCUUUCUUCCUGAGCGUUCUCUCCCAGCCUGCCUGGCGUCCAGCACAGACGUCCGCUCCUCUCAGUCCACCUCAUCUCCUUCAAACAUUUGUUCUUCCUCGUCUGCCUCCUCUUCUUCUCCUUCUCUCGCUUCUUCUCCUUCUCCCUGCGUUGUAUUCCCUCCUUGCUCGGCCUCCUCGUCGCUUUCUGCUGAUCUGCCUGCUCUGUCUCCCUGUCCUUCUCUGUUGUCUCUGUUGCCGGCGUCUCCGAAUUGGUUUGCGGCAGCUGUGCUGUCUGUCCAUCCGCAAACGACGGUGGCGCUCCUGUGUUCCAAGUCCGCGAUUUUUCUCUUCGACCUCGUGUCUGCAUGCCCUGUUUCCUUCAUCGACUGUGGCCUCUUCGCGCGGCCUGUGGGAGUCUCCUGGCUUCUCUCCCCGGCCUCGCUUCUUCCGCUCUUCCGCUCCUCGCAGCCUGCGUCUGCCGGCAGUGCAGUCCGAGGAGACUCGCCGAGGUCGCAGUCGAAGAGCGAAGCGCCAGACGCGACGCUCGCGACCGCGCGAACGGCGUCAGACUCCGGAGAGGAGCAGCAGCCAACCUGUCGCUCUCACGCUCUCUGUUGCGGCAUCGCAGCCGCCACCCCUCGAGACGGAGACAUCUGGGACCCUGCCGCAGUUGUCUCUCCCUUCUCGCCGUUCUUCGUUUCGUAUCACCAUGACCGUUCCGUACGCCUCUGGCGCGUCGAGGCGGCACUGGCCUCGCUCUUCUCGGCAGAACCGGAGGCACCUGCAGACUCGAGACCUGGCGCCGCGUGCGAAGCUGAACGUCGGGCGCUGCCCUCUUCUCCGGGAGGAAAAAUGAUUUCUCAGGUCGCCAUUCACCGCUCCCACAAAGACGACGUCGCCGCUCUCGCCGUGUGGACCGGCUCUCCACGAGAAGGCCUCGCGCCGCGCCGGACGGCUGCGGCCAGGCGCCGAGGGUCCGGCGAGGGAGCACCGGAAGACGCGCAACGAGGCGAAGGCGAAGAAGGCGAGCAGGCAGCAGGGGACAGCCUCAGGGAGACGCAGAGGGAUGGCCAGGAGACAGAGACAGAGCUUGGAGGAUUCUGUGUAACAGGCGACAAACGCGGCCGUGUCAUUCUUUGGUGUCUCUCUCCGCAGAUCUUCCGGAGGCCUGCAGACUCUCGUGAAGAGCCACAGCGACGACAUACAACCACAACAACGCUUGGCUUCAGUCCUCUCCCCGGCCGAGCUGUCUCCGCGCUCGCGCUUGUGCAGCCCAGUCGCGAGGCCGCAGAAUGCUUACUGGCUGGCGAAGCUCAGGCCCACACUGGAGACAAACAAGGAAGUUUGGACUCCCUCGCUGCGCCGGAGAAGACACACGCUGGCUGUGAAGACGAUGGACCUGACGGUCCAUCGUCUUCACAGCCUGCAUCGGCUUUUUCUCAUCCCCAGAGAGUCGACGCGGAGCACCGCUGUCUGCGGGCGCCCCUCGUCGCCGUCGGAUACGCGACAGGAACUGUCUUGCUUGUCAACCUCUUUGAAGAGCAAGUCCUGCAAUGCUUCCAGCAUCAUUCCGACGAGAUCUGUGCUCUCGCCUUUCUGUUUCCUCCUGUCGCCUCCUCCUCGGAGUCGGCUCUGUCUUCGCUCGCCGCAGACGGGUCUCCACACAGCGCGUCUCGCCUCUGUCUCCUCGCUGGGAGCCGGGAUGGCCAAGUGUCUUUCUGGGACCUGGCAGGAGAGCGGCCCGCGCUGCUGCAUGCGUUCUUCGUCGACGAUCCCCACAAACAAGUCCUCCCCCUUUGCUCUCCCUCACCAACCAACAUGCCUUUCUCUCCUGGAGAUUUCUCUUCUUCUUCCGCGUCUUCUUCCGCGUCUUCCGCGUCUUCUUUCUCGUCUUCUUCCGCGUCUUCUUCCGCGUCUUCCGCGUCUUCUUCCGCGUCUUCUUCCUCGUCUUCUCCGGGGACUCAGAGGAAAAGUAAAGGGAAAGGAAGGGAGAAGGGAGAGCGUCCAGGUGGUUCUGCGGAGCGGCGCUGGCUCUGCAUGCAUUGGCAGCCGAUUAUGCCGGCUUACGUCUUCUUUGGAACUUCCGCAGGGCGUGUGUAUCUCUGGCGGGUGUCGCCUCUGCUCCCUCAGUCCAAUCCGUCGCAGUCUUCUGCAUCUGCUCUCGCUCCCUCUCCUGCGUCCUUGGUUUCCUUCACUUCUCCUUCUCUCUCCUCAGCGCCUUCUCCGAGCUCGUCUGCGAGUCUUGCCGUUUCCUCCGCGUCCUCGCCUCCGCAAGAGCCGCCUGCGUUGCAGGUUCCGUCUGCGGCGCCUGGCCCUGAGGCUGAGGAGGGCCCGCAGACCGAGGCCGCAGGCGCGACGAACGCAGCGAAGGAGCAAAAGAAACGCGCGACGCGGAAGAAGGAGAAGAAAGAGAAAACGGAGACGAGCGCCUCGGCGUUUCUCCCGCCGGUCAUGUUGACGCAACCCCACACGCGUCCCGUUUUCUCCAUUGGGGGAUUUGGCUUUUGGUCUCGCCAUGAAGGCCCCUCGCCCCUCGCUUCUGGCCUCGCCCCUCCGCUGUCUCCCCGGCCCCCCACCGCCCAUGUUCUCCUUUUCACUUCGUCAAUGGAUCGCCGCUUGUCUCUCCUUGACUUGUCUCUGUCCCCCUGUCUCCCCCAGUCGCGUUCAGAGUCCUCUCUCCAGAGCCGAGAGGCGACAGAAAGGCCGCCCGCGGAAGCGCCUUCCUGGCGGUCGCAAGAGGCGCUGACGACGGAGAAGCCGCGGCCGCGAGCGACCGUGCACGCUCCCCUCAAAGGAGGCGAGACCCGCGUCCUCUGGCACCUGCACACUCUCGGCGGGUGGGUGAAUUCUCUGUCUGUUUCGCCUUCUUCGCAUCUUCUUGUGGGAUGCGGAGAUGCCACAGUCCGUGUAGUCGAUCUCCUCCAACUUCUGCGACAGGAGAAGCCGGACCGCGGGAUGCCGCGGUCGCCUCGCUGUGCGUCACUGCCUCUGUCUCGCGCGCCGCCGGCGCCCUGCCAGCGGACCUCCGCCCCAGAAGAAGGCCCCCGACGGGAGUGCAGUGGAAGAACCGCCAGUCCUGACGCAGGCACCCUGCGCGCCUCAGCUUCCUGCCUCACCCACACCCCUGGGGCAGAGACCAAGCAGACGCGAGCAAAGGAGGCGCUUCUCGCGGCGAUGAACAGACGGGGCGAAGCGGCGCUUGGAAGCCAGGCCUUCUCGUCGCUGUCGCUCUGGCGGGGCCUUUUGGCCUCCGUCGAGCGGGUGACCUGGCACCCCACAGUUCCCGAAGUCUUUGCGUUUGGCCUCGCAGACGGCAGCAUUGGUCUCGGCUUUCUCUCGGGGCUAGAGGGCUCGUCUGCGGCUCUUCCGCUGGCCUCUCCUGCGACGUCGUCGCAAGUCGUUCUCCUCUCCAAAGCUCCUCUUCCCGGCAAAGUCACCCGUCUCCACUGGCUCCGGUGCCCAUCCGAAGAGGCAAUCGAGUCGCUGCUUCUUCCAUGGCGCUUCAGGGACAGAGAUACAGGCGACGCAGAACAACCUGGGUGUAGAGACCCAGGCGACAAGGGAGAUAGAGGAGACACAGGAGAUAGAGGAGACACAGGAGAUCGAGGAGAGAGGCGAGAAGCAGUCGAAAGCAAAGGUGAGGGCGGAGGACGACAGUUGGAGGUUUUGCGAGAUUCAAGGAGCGCGAAACGCGAGAAAGGAAGAGUGAAAGACACGACGAGAGACAAAGGAAACCCCUUCGCUGUCUGGUGUCUCCUUUACGGCACCGAGGCCGGGGCCUUGCAGGUGACGAGUCCUCUGCCGGAGUAUCUCCUAGCGAAGAAGAACGCGAAUCUGAGCGCGGUGUCUGCCUCAGUGUGCUCCGUGAAGCCUGUCAGUUCGCCUCGCUCCGGAGAAGGCUCGGGGGCCUAUGCAAACGGAGGAGGAGAAGAAGAAGCGAAAAACAAACCUCCACUCUCAGAGGCAGAAGGCUCCGGCGCAGGGUCUUCGGGUCAACAGGACGGGGAGGAUGCUCCGUCGAGGACUCACUCGCCAGCGCUGGAGACACCUUGCGGCGCCUGUUCAAAUGGAGACAAAGAAGAUACAGAAGAGGGGGAAGAAAGCAGAGACAAGACGACUCUCGAAGUGGAAGGAAACAAAGACAACAAGGGCGUUGAACUGGAAAAGAAGAAAGAGAAGAUGAAACUUGAACUGGCGAAGAGAAACAAGAAAAAACAGGAACUCGAGGGGCUUCCGUUCGUGCUGUCCUCAGUAUCAACUGCUGUGGUUCAGGCCUUGAUCGCCGCGUCCUGUCGCGGGACUUCGUCUCGGAGCCACAGGGUCGAGAACAAGGAUGUCGAUCGAGACAGCAACAGAGAAGAGCAAAUACAAAGCUCUGGUCAAAUCAACGAAAUCAUUAGAGGCAUCCACGGAGCCAAAAGCGGAAAUGAAGGGGAGGCUGAAACUGGCGGGUGCUGGGACCUGGUUUGCCUUGUGCGGGAACGCGGAACGGGUCUUCAAGAAACCUCAGCGGCGAGGUCUGGCGAACCAACGGUGAACUCCGACGCAGCAUGUGAUCUUCUUUUUCUUCUUCCUCUCGCUUCUCAUACUUUGUUUUCGCAAGCGACUUCCUCUGCACAUCUCUUCUCUCCUUCGGAUCUCGCUUCCUCGAGUGUCUCUUCUCCCUCUUCUCCUGGGUCGAGGUCCGGCGGCCUCUCGCCUGUCGCCUUUCUCCCCCUCGGCUCCGUGGCGCUGCCUCUGAAGGCGGUCGCAACUUGCGCCUCCUCGACGGCGCCUCAGUGGUGCGUUGCAUGCGCGCAGAGAAGACAGGAGCGACUCGCGAGGGCGGAGCUCAGGGGGCAUGUUGAGGGCAAACCGGGAGAAACAUGGGAGCGAGCACAGGUGAUGGCGAAGGCCGAAGCAGGCGACUUAGGACUCGGUAGUCAGUUCUUUUGUCCGUUUCCUUUGCCCUCGUCAGGGAAGUUGUUUCCGCCUUGCAUGCAGUUGCUCGCUAUCGGAGACGCCACCGGGGCCUUGUGGGUCGGUGCCUGGCCUCUGCUCUUCGAGGCUCUCGUCUUUGGCGAAGCCUCAGAGCGCCAUUCUGCCACUGUUCCUGCUUCCGCUCUCCAAAACGAAACGACUAGAGAAUCUCUUCUCUCCGUCUCCAGUCCUGAAAGUGUACGCGAUCCGAAAUGUCCUCCCCUUUCCUCUUCUCACUCUUCAUCUUCUUCUUCGCCGUCUUCUUCUUCUGCAUCGCCUCCUUCCUCGGGACCUCUGGGGCCGUCUUCCACGUCGCUAGGAACCGCUGCUUUCUCUCUCUCUUCUCCUUGUUCGUUUCCUUCCUCUUGCCCGUUUGCAGAGCUCUCGCUCUCGUUCUCUCCGGCCUCUCUGUGGGUUCAAAUUCCGUCCGGCGAGAAGCCGGGAGGGCGCCUCGGAUGCUGCGAUGAGGCCCCGCGGGUGCAUGCAGUUCGUGGGGGGAAAGGACGAGCGACGGAUGUCUCCUUCGGCACCCGCUGGGUGGAGCAAAAGGAGACAAAAGGCGAGCGACAGUCGACAAAGUUCCUCGUGGAAAUUCUCCUCGGAGCCAUCUUCGCGUCUGGAGUUGCAGAGGUCUUCGUGAUCGCACCCGCAUGCACCUUCGAACGACAGAACGACGCGGGGCCGCAGGAGCAGCUUGGAGCAGGCGAGACAGCGCGUGGACUCCCAGAGAAAGACGCCAACGAGGCGACAACGCUAAACAACCGGGGAGGCUUACACAGCGAACAAGCAGAAGGCGGUGGAUCUAAAGAAGAGAGAAAAGGACGAACGGAAGGAAAUGGAAGGAGAGAAGAAGAGGAGAAAGUUGUGUCGCGUGGCAGUGGUCUGCGAGUGUGCCUCGUGGGGAGACUUGACCGAGCUGCAUGCGCUGCGAUCUCUCAGGGCCAAGGCGCCGAGAAACGUGAGGCGAAGAACGAAGGCAAAACUCAAAAGAAAGGGGAAGCCGAAACGACGGAGAUCGGACGCGACACGGUGAAGAAGACCGAAGCGGAGGAGAACGAGAACGAGAAGAAGCUCGGGGGAGAGCAAGCGAAGAAGGAAGAGAAGACCGAAGACGAGAGGAACGAGAGGAACGAGAGGAACGCAGAGGCAGAGAAAGAGAAGGAGGAGAAGAAGAAGAAGGAAGGCGGCAACGGAAAGAAGGAAGGGAAAAGCCGGGGGCUUGACCAAGGUGGUGCUCUUCUUUCAUGCUGUUGGCAUGAACAGCCCAUUCCUCCAAGACUUAAAUUGAUCAUAGGUGGAGUCGAACAAAGCGUCUUCGUCUGGGACCCCCUGGCCCUCCCUGCCUUUCCACCUUCUCCCGCAUGUAGGUCUUCCUCUGCUUCUUCUCCUUCUGCUUCCUCCGCUUCUUCCUCUGCUUCUUCUCCUUCUGCUUCCUCCGCUUCUUCCUCUGCUUCUUCUCCUUCUGCUUCCUCCGCUUCUUCCUCUGCUUCUCCUUCUGCUUCCUCCGCUUCUUCCUCUGCUUCUUCUCCUUCUGCUUCCUCCGCUUCUUCCUCUUCUUCUCCUUCGGCUUCCUCCGCUUCUUCCUCUUCUUCUCAUCUUUCUGCUUCCUCCGCUUCUUCCUCUUCUUCUCCUUCGGCUUCCUGGGGGAGAUGUGACGAGAAGGACGGCGAGAAGCGAGCAACCUCUGAGUGUGAUUUUCCACAACCUGACAGAGGCUCUCGCCAGCAGCCUCGGGCAGCGGCAGCGGGCGCCAGCGAGGGUGGGUUGCUUCCUUUUUUCUUGGAUCUUUCUUCUUUUUCGCGACCUCUCCUUCUCUCGCUCUUCACAGUCUUCGUCCUGCUGACGGCGCCCCAUGCAGCGCAGAGUGGCGCCUCGCGAGGGGGAACCGAAGAACAGAGAUCUCCGCCAAAGGAAAAAGGGAGCGUUAGAGAAGAGAAGAAGAUAGAAGAAAGACCGGUUGGUGUGGGCCUCGCUGAACCGGAGACGCCUCUCCUCGCUCUGCUCUACUUCUUUCUCGGACCUUCGUGUCUGCCAUCCCUUCUCUCCAAUGCACAUAUGUCUGCUCUCUCUUCCCUUCUCUGCCAUGUCCAGUCUUCUCUUUCUUCUUCGUCGGCUCCCUUGUCUGCAUGCGCGCCUUCUGUGGCUUCCUCGCCCCCUUCAGCUUCUCCCCAGUUCUCGUCUGCUUUGUCGAGGGAUCAUCCCCCGCAUCCUUCGCUCCUCCAGGUGGAUGGACAGCGCGGUGUCCCCACAGCUCGCCAGCUGCUGGUUUCGUCCGUAUUCGCUGCGCUCGCUCGACAACCGUCGGCGGGAGACGCGGGCGCUUCUUGGUCGCGUCUCUUUCUUCUCUGGCACGCUGUGUGUGAACAAAAUCACCACCGCCAGCGGGCAGACGCGAGCUCCGCUGUUCACCGAGCUCUCCUCUGGGGGGGGCGGCUGCCGUGGAUGGUCCGUCCGUCUGCGGAGCAACGGCGUUCUUCUGAAAAUCAAGAGCCUUCUUGCGCAACGUCUUCAGUGGCGCCUUGCUCCUCUCCGUCCUCAUCUUUCUCGGCGGACGCUUCGUUGGCGCCGACGCCUUCGGAGUGUCUUUGGCUAGCCCUCGGGAGUUCGACGCUUUUCGGCGAGAAUUCGGAGGCGCAGCAGAGGUGGAAAGUCCUCGUUUCCAGUUUUGUGCAGCACAGACUCUUGGCAGCGGAACGUCUCCUGGCAGGAGACCGCGCAGCCUCGCAGGACGCCUGCGCCAGUGCUGAAGCGAGGGAAAACGCCAAUGGUGCGGUUCAUGAAUGUUGUGCUCUCCUCCUGAGUGUCGGCGAGACGGAGGAGGCCAUUUCUGCAUUGCGGCGGUGUCGCCUGUUUGGCCAUGCCUUGCUGCUUUCUCGCCUUUACGCCUUGGAGGAAGCCGUCGUGACCGAAGAUCUCAGUCGACCUGUCGCGGGGCCGUCCCCGCGGGGAGCCGUCUCCAGAGACGCCAGAGCGUUUUCCAUUGAAGAGAGAAGUUCCGAGGCUGCAUGCGAUGCGAUUCUUCUUCACUGGACAGAACGCCUCCUCGAAAAACGUCAACUCCUCGCGGCUGCUCUCUUGGCCGUCGCGGCCAGAGAGCGCCUCCUCGCCGCGGCGAUCCUCCUCGAGCCAGGUGUAUGUCCACCGGAGCCUGGCCCUCGGGUGGCAGAUCCCGGACGCCGGGAGGGAAGGAGGGGAGAAAGCGUAGGCAGCGAGAGAGGCGCGAGCCUGGAGAGUCGAGAAGAAAGGAACCGAGAGCAGAAAGGAGACUUGGAGAUCGAAAAGGAGAGAGUUCUUCUGCUUCUGCAUGCUCUCUGGUGCGCUCGAGUGGGUGUCUCAGAUCUCUUGCAAGAGCGAGACGAAAGCGGCGCUGUGCGAAGGGCGGAGCAGCGGAAGACUUGUGACUUUGGCAACGACGCAGAGAGAGAGAAAGAAGCCAGGGAAGAAGAGAGAAGCGUUCAUCCCGAAGACGAACGUUCGGGGAGUGCGAGGUGUAAGACGGCAGCGCGAAGGGUGUCUCUCAUGCGUGACGUCCUCGACGGGCGGUUUCCUCUGUGUCGAAAACUGCUCCUUUCGCGAUUCUCGGUGCUCGCAAGACCUGGCGAGGAAGAGCAGCCAUGCGAGCCUCUAGAAGCGGGGAGAGACCUAUGGACGAAGCGGUCUUGUCGUGACUUUUCGUCUGGGCUCGAACAUGUUUCAGACACAGCUCUAGUUGAGACUCUUCUUCCUCUCCAUCUACGCGCUGCAGCAACCUUAGCAACGGCCGGUCCCCAGUUCUUCGCAUCUGCUUGUCGCAUUCUCUCUUGUUCUGAGGUUCCUUUGUCGGCUCGAUCCUCUCCAAUCGUCCCCAAGGUGGUGGAUGCCGCGGCCGACUCUCCCUCGUCCGCUCUUCGAAGUGAUGUCUCUGUUUCAUCUUCCUUCUCGUCUCUUGGCCUCCGAGACGGGAGGAGGCAUGAUGAAACUCUUUACCGAUGUGCAUCUGGCGAACAGACAGGGCACGAAGAGAAGGAAGGUGCAAUCCUUCUCGAUGAAUUGCUUCGGCUAACUUCCUUCGCGCCGCUUCUCAACGAGUUCCCGUCUAAAAAAGAGAAUUCGGGGAAGGACAAGGUGACUGCGCUUGUCCGGCAAAGUCUCCAGGGUCACCAAGCAGUCUUUGUUGCCCAGUGGCUUCUGGCUUGCCUCGCCGGCGGGGGGUGGUGCCUAGCUGGAUGCCUAGCUAGCCAAGGCCAAGAGAGCUCGCGGUUCCGACUCGAUGGAAACAGCCGCCCCCAGCGCCAGCUCCCGGCCGUCUCCCCCCGCAGUCUCCACCGUUUUCUCUCCAAGUGGCGCGAGUUCCGGGCGGCCUCCCCGGAAGGGUGUGGGGACUUCGAGACACCGGCGGCUAGCCACCGAGCUAGCGAAAACACAGGGGCCGGCGUUGUCGCGGCGCUCGAGAGCUUCGAAGCCGCAGUCAAGUUGCGAGUCUCUUCAUGCAGUUCGGAAACAAGUCCUUCUCCCUCUGGGGGGACGGCUGUGCCUCUCGACGCCGCGGAACGUGGAGAAUGCGAGAAAGACGAGAGAAGGAAACAACGUCCACCUCCAGUGUCAGCACCCGAAGUCGCGGAAAUCCACCUUCUGUCGAUCGCUCUUCAGUGGGCAUGCAUACUUCUGCUCCACUGCGAACUGCCGACAGCGCCUCUCACGCUGAAGCUCCCCGUCGACAUGUCUACUGCUAGCGAAGGCGGACCUGUUCACUCUCCCAACAAUACCCAGCGGGCCGAGGGACCUUGCGAAGACGAGGAACGCGGGGAUUGCCUCUCUGUGUCUCUCUUUUUCAAAGUGUAUGCGGACGAAGACACCGCUCUCACUUCAUCGCUCGAUCGCACCCGUCCCUGCUGGGAAGCAAGGGUCCUGGCUUCCGAGCUUCAAGUUCUUCUCAUCAAGGUCGCUUAUCGGCCCUUUAUGCAUGAAGUUGGUGGCGUUGCUUCUCUCGAAUAUGCGGCACGGUUUCUUUCUUCUCUUCUGCGUCUUUUGCUCUUGGUCACCGCCCACCCUCUCCAGUUCCCCCAUUUCCACCUGCGUCCUCAGACUGACGGAAAUCCAGAAGAUUUCGCACAAGAGAAGGAAGGCAGUGACGAAGCUCUCUCCUGUGAGGAAGUAAAGGUGGAGACCAGUCUGGAGGCUGCUCGAGUUUUGGGCUGA